AUGUCUGACCAGCACGGUCACCCUCCUACCGCCACCGCUCCCACCGCUACCACUACCGCCACUCCCACCGCUGCCUCCACCACCGCCACCAAAGCCCCCACUCCCGCCACCACUCCCACCGCUGCCACCACCUCCACUGCCUCCACCACCUCCACAUCUGCCCCCACCACCACCACCGCUGCCACCUCCACCACCCCUGCCACCCUUGCCCUUGCUGCUGCGGCGCUUCCCACUAGCAGAAUCAGCUCCGACUUCUUCAGCACCAAGGACGUUAACAGCAGCAGCAGAGGUGUAGGAGGGGGCAAGGGGGGAGGGGGAACACCCCUCAAAGAAGGGUGUGCGAGGAGUGCCACGAGCAGCACCUACAGCGACUACACUAGUCUCAGCUGCAAGGAGGUGCUGCUCGAGUAG